AUGAAUGGGCAGCAUUCUGACAGGUCACACAGCCGAAGCUCAAUCGAUAGGCCCUCAUCAGCCAUGUCCCACAAUGCCAGAAUCUUCUCCCACGUUUCUGUUUCCAAGAAGGAGUCCUCGACAUGCACCGAGGAACCGCACGACUGUGCCUCCCUGGAUAAAGAGUCCCAUGCUGCCACCACCCUGCUGUGCAGAUCCAAGAGCAGCCAGACUUCCCUGGAACACCAGUUCUUUAUGGAGGAGGCCUACAACUCAGCCAUCUGCUUCAAGAUGCUCCGAGACAUAGGUACCUCAGACCUUCUCCAAAUCAAGUACAUCACCAAGAAGAUAAAGAAGAUGGCUCGGACCUUCCCCAACCUGGUGAUGGAAACCAUCCAUGACUACUUCAAAGACAACCCAGAGAUCUCCUGCCGACACACAUUCCAGCUGUUCCAGGUCUUGGUGGCAGUCAUUGGAACUCUCGAUGUCUUGGAGGAGACCUGGCAGAAAUGCUUCAUGCGGCUGGCCCUGGAGCACAUGACCAAGUCCACGGAACUGGGUGAUAUAUAUCAAGAUGCAGCCAGCAAUGUGUUACUGGCCCUCUGUCGGCACUCGUGGCCGGCAGUGGCCAAGCACUUGGAGACGGAGCUCCUGACGGGUGUCUUCCCACACCGCAGCCUGUUGUAUGUGAUGGGCAUCCUGAUCUCUCAAGAGGAGCUUCUCAAGGAAGAAGACAGAGAGAGCUGGAAAGAUCUGCUUUCCCAGAUGGCCAGAAAGUCGGUGCCGUUCCUUAACACAGAUGUAUGGUCUAAGGAGUUGUUGUGGGCCAUCACCAAGUCUGGCAGGACACUGCAAGAGCAAACCCCAGACAAGGCCUUCCUGUUCACCUACUACGGGCUAAUCCUUCAAGCUGAGGAGAACAGCACCACCGUGAGGACGCAUCUCACGACCCUCUUGGAAACGUCUCACCAGUGGGCCAAGCAAAGGGAGGGCAUUGCUCUCACAGUGGGGCUGGUUGCAGUACACCACUUGGAUGAUGCCUGGGCCAUCUUAGAACAGUUUGGGCGGAGCACACCCUUCAAGAGGAGCCUACAGAACUUUUCCCUGAAGAACGUCGAGGACCUUCGGUGGAAGUGGGCCAGCAGCACCAUCCUCCUCUCCUAUGGCCAGAUGGCAGCCUGGGCCAAGAACCACAUCCUGCCCUGGGUGGACAACAUCUUAUCUAGGAUGAUCUUCUACUUCCACUUCAGCUCCUGGGAUGAGACCCUGAAGCAAAGCUUCCUUACUGCUAUCACGAUGCUGGUGGGAGCCAUCAGCCGGAACGAAGGUGCCCACAGCUACGAAUUCUCCCAGACUAGUGAGCUCCUGGAGUGUCUGAUGACACUGAUGGAGAAAGAACCGCGAGACAUGCUGGUCACCAGCAUCCGCCAGCAGGCCAUCCGCAUUGUCUCCAGCCUCUGUGCACUGAGGCCGCCCAUGGAUGUGGACAGGAAAUCCCGCCUCCUCUCCACCUGCUUCCGCAGCAUCUUUAUCCUGCCACAGCUGGAUGCCCUGGAGAAGCAGGCCUGCCUCCUCACGGAACCACCCAACAUCAACGUCCAGGUACAGCCCGCACUUAAGCCCAGGGGACUCUGGCAGGACAUCAUACUCAGUCCGCUGUAUGUGGCUGGAUGGAGAGCCAGCGCUGUGUUGGGGCGUCAUCCCCACAGGAGCUGGCUGACCUCCUCUCUUAUGCAGGGACUGUACCACCAGACCAUGGAGGCCCUGGACCACAUGUUGCAGUGUUUCAUGAUGCAGAACCCCACAACCAAUGAACUCUACAUCCUGCUGUCGCACCUGUACAUCUGGCUGACAUCAGAGAAGACUCAUGAGCGACAACGGGCAGUGCACAGAUGCACAACACUCUUCAAAUUCCUGAACAAUAAACACUGCUUAAGUACCAAGGAGAACUUCACUAGGAUCGGGCAGCUGGUGGCCACGCUGGGGAUCCUGUGCCAGGACUCUGACAGGGCCAUCCACGGCUGCAGUCUAGAAGCUCUGGGCCAUCUCUAUCAGCUUCUGAUGCACCAGAAAGCCCGAGAAACUCCAGAAGUGAAGAGGGAAAGCCCUCGGGACCUGUUCGGGCCUGAUGCAGAUGGUACCUUGUGGGGUAGUGGAGACCAAAAGGGCUCUUCUCCAAUCCUCCGGAGGAUGGCAUCCAAAGAUCACAGCAUCUUCUCCAUGAGCAGCAACCAAGCUCUCAAGGAAAUCACUGAUCAUCUGGAAAUGGCAGAGCUGACAGACCUCAUCUGGACAGCCAUUGAUGGCUUGGGCUCUCCCAGCUCUUCCUGGGUGCAAGCGGCUACUGAUUUGCUUCUCCUUGUCAUCCAGGAGCAUGGGGACAGCCUGUCGACUGUUGGUAAAAUGGGCCAGGCCAUCUACCACCACCUCUGUGCCAUCCAAAUGCCCCAAGCCAAGGACAAUGCCCUGCGUGUCAUCACCCUACUGGCCCGGAACCACAUCCCAGAGCUGGUGGCUGCCUUCCUAGACUUUUCCUCGCCCCUGGAGAGCCACACCUUUCGCCUGUGGAGGGCUCUGGGAGCUGAACAGCCUGCAAGCUACCUGAUUCUGACUGUCCUGCUGGCUUGGUUGCAGAAGAGGCCUCUGCCCACUAGUGUCAGCAGCGACAGCAGCUCCUGUGACAAGGAGAAGCCCUACUUGCGUUCACUGGCUGCCAUGAACACAAUUCACGAACUACAGUUUGCGCGGGAGUUCAAGAAAGCCGUGCGGGAUGUCUUUCCCCAGCUGUUCCUGGCCCAUCUGGCCCAAAUGCACUAUAUCCUGGAGCUGAACCAACCCACAGAGCCUGAGCAGGGGCAGAAAGCCCCAGAGGCAGCCAUGCCAAGCCCUCAAAGCCUGGCCUCUCUGCUUGGCUGCAGCACAUCACUGGAGGCACUGAAGGGCCUGCUGUCCACCACAGGACACUGGCACGACUUCGCUCACCUGGAACUGCAGAGCGCGUGGGAAUACUUCACCUCCAUCCACACCUAUCCGCAGGCCGUGGGACUCCUUGCCAGGGCCAUGGUGCAGAACCACUGCACACAGAUCAAGGCAGUUCUUGGCUACUUGCUACCCAACCUGCAGAGCCAGCAGGAACGAGAAAGGAAGACAGCCAUCCUGCUCCUCAUUGAGUUCCUCUAUAGCCCCGCCCUGUUGGAGGUGCUUUCUAAACAGGCUGCCCUGACUAUACUGGCUCAAAGCCUCCAGGACCCCAGCUCUGAGAUCCGAGUGGCCAGCCUGCAGGGCCUUGGAAAUAUACUCUUCCACCCGGAGAAGGAAAGCCUGCUCCAGGGUCAGCUGCCAGCCUUCCUCAAUGGCUUCUUCCAAAAGAACGAGGCAGUAGUGGUAGACAUUAUGGGCAUGGUCUCGGAUGUACUGCACCGCCUGGGCACGCAGGGCGCAGGCGCACAGAGUCUCAGCAUCGCUAUCAACACCCGCUACUUCUUUGAUGACGAACAGGACAAAGUUCGAGCAGCAGCUAUGUCACUAUUUGGGGAUCUGGUGGCGACGGUGGCAGACAGGGAGCUGAGCGGCAUGCGGGCCCAAGUAUGCCAGAGUAUGGUGCCUUUGCUCCUGCACCUGAAGGACCAGUGUCCAGCUGUUGUCAUGCAGGCCAAGUUCGCGUUCUACCGCUGUGCUGUGCUGCUCCGCUGGCAGCCGCGGCACACCCUGUUCUGCACUCUAGCCUGGGAGACCGGCCUCAGCGCCCGCCACUUCCUCUGGACCUUUCUGAUGACCCGCAGCCAGGAGGAGUUCAGCAUCCACCUAUCACAGGCCAUCAAAUGCCUGCACAGCCGCCACCACCACAUCAAGACCUGGGCAGCUCUUUUUAUAGUGUACACCACCUGCAACCAACCCCAGGCCGUGUCACAGAUGAUAAGUGACAAGGACAUCCAGCUGUUAUUCUCCACUUUUAAAGACCUCAAAAAGGACCCAGAACCCGGCAUCUGGGACUAUGCCACCAGACAGCUCUCGUUCCUUCGGAAGGUGUCAGCCAGAUCCAAGAAGUGA